AUGGAUGAAUCUGAUGUUUACCCGAAGGACCCAUUCACCCCUCCACCCCGUCGCACCUCCUCCGCCGCCGGAGGCGGCGGCCCUUCCACUACCGGUGUCCACGUCACCGCCCUCGACGGCCUCGUGAACGUGAACUCCCUCUUCACCAUCGCUGUCUUCGUCGGCCUCUCCCUCACCACUCCCGGCCAGCACAGCCUCGAGAACUCCUCCGCCUGCGAUGCCGGCCUUGACGUGGCCCGGAAGCUUCUCGUCUUCGAGGUCGUUUCCUUCAGCUUCUUCCUCUUCUCCUCCCUCGUGGCACAGGGCCUCAAGCUCGCCAUCAACCUGCUCAACAGCAAGGACGUGGACGAGGUAUUCCGGGCCCACAUCAACCUCCGUGUGCUGAGGCUCGGGAUGUUGGCCUCCGCAGUGGGGUCCGUCAUGGGCUGCCUGUUCCUCAUGUUGUCCAUGGUGAAUGUGAUCGAGAUCAGGCUCGGGAUGCUGUCUUGCGGCAGCCGGUCCACGGCUCACGCGGUCACGGCCCUAAUUGUUCUGGUGACCUCUGCCCUCUUGGUUUAUAUUUCGACUGCUGUGUAUGCUUUUCUGCAUUGA